ACUAAACCAACUUUAAUCCACGUUCCUUUUUUCAUAAUCAUCUACUUUCAUACUUUUCGACCGUAACCAUAAUAAUAACCAUAACGAUAAUACUUGCGAUCUUUACUCCUUCAAGCUUUUUUUUAACUUUCUCCCCCCUUCCCUCUGUUCUGUUGGUUUCUCUUCUAUUAGGUGUUUCAAUAGUUUCUCGACUAUAAUCGAUCCGAGUCACACGAUACAGUUUUUUUACAUCCUGAAGUGAAUCACCGUAAUUUCGCGCCAGAUGGACGCGACCCGUCGUGUGACACUGCAAUUACAUGGAGACUCACGUAGAUGAGGGCACGCCUUUGAGCAACUAUCUCGAGGGCACAGGGGAAAGAGAGGAACCCGAGUGGCAAGAACCCGAAGACAAUCAUAAUUCAGACCGCGACGUCUCUCCACCCGGUAGCCCACCGCGAGAUUUCGCUCCGAGAGGCUUCGCUAGAGUCCGAAGGAGGUUUCGGGAGAACUUACCGAAACCCCUAUGUCUCGAUGUCAAUAAUUUCCCUUCGAGCAUCAGCCCACACGAACUCCGUAGCCAUGCGACCCCUAUCUUUGGCGUAAUACGACUCUUGCUAGAAGCAGUCACGUCUUCUAUCGAUCAUGCUCGCUCUAUCGGGUUUCUUGAACGGCUUCGCCUUGCUAUAGUUCAGUCCCAACUGCUAGAUAAUCCCUUAGUAUUGGGCAUCCAACCAUCGUCAGAUAACACCCUUUCGGAACCAACCGUCGAGCCAAGCUUCCAUGGCAUUACCGUUUCCGGCGCCGUUGCCGCGGCGGUAUUCGGCUUCGGUGCGGCGUCCAUUAUUCGAUGGUUUUCGAUCGUGGGAUUCGUACCGACAUGGAAACGAUUGUUAGUUUCUGCUGGAGUAGUAUCUCUGGUCUUUCUACUUGUCAGAGCAUAUGUGCGAAGGCAAAUUUUAAGGAAUAUCCAAAAGCAGGGGCUGGUUGAGGCAUCUAAAUUCUUUUCGCUCUCUCGAGAAUAUGACUGUGCGAAUAGCGCAGCACUUAACUUCAUAAUGGAGGUGGAACUAGUCGCUCGUGGAUACCGACUGAGCACACCUAUCCCGCCUAUUAGUCGACUAGAGAAUAACGGACAAAAUGUCAAGUGUCUCCAAUUAAGGAAAGCUCUUCGAAAUAGCUUGACCGAUGUUAUCUCCAAGUAUUACCAAAUAGCGUUUACAAUUUGGGCGUUUGCGGAGCAAACCGAACUUUUACAACUGCAGUCUCAAUAUCAGUUUACAGUCGCCGAUGUGGUGGACAGAUUUCAAGUAUUGUCAAAGACUGAUCCCGCCAACACCGAGAAGCUACAGCCUCUGAAGGAUGCUGCAUUCCUCUUCCACGAUAUCCGCAAGAUGUUCUUGAGUGGUUUGCUUGCUCUCCACACUGUUGGCAACGACUCGGAUCGACUUCGUUUCACGACGAUUUUGGAAUCUUUUAAGGAAUUAAACUCAAUUACGAGGCAAGCCUACACGCGGGUCAGAAGUAUUUUGGCUGAAAAUGACCUCCAAAUUCCGAAAACUCCGCGAAGUCCCGAAACUCCUGGUCAUGAUCGAAUGCGCCAUCAGGUCCGCAGAUUGAAUUCGAUGACCAUGAAUAUCCGAAGCGUGCAGGCCAAAUUGCAUCUCCUGCGCGAAGAGUCAUCUAAGGCUUUGAAUGAGGCUGAUGACAUUAGCGACCUCGGACCGUUAUUUAUGGCUCAGUAUGAAUCGAUAGGACAAGAUCUACGAGAUCUAAUGGAAGCAUGGCAGACUGGGAAAGCUUCGUUGGCGUCAGGUAUCGAUAGAAACGAGAAACGCCUAUCAUCUAUUGGCUCCGCCCUUAUGUCCCCGAUAAGUACGAUGAGUGGGCGAACCAUAGCUGAAGAGGACGAAAGCCCAGAUGACGAACCGGGAGUUGCCGAUGCAUUAAAGAAACUUAAUGGGGGUUCUUCACCACCGACAGAAUUAGAAAUGCCGGUUGAGACCGAAGUAUUCGAAGCCAUCUCGAUCCCUCGACCAAAGAGUUUGCUUACGCGAGAAGAGAGGAUAAUUAAGAUGAGGGAGGAUCGUAAAGCUAAAGAUUAUGCAAAGGCGAAGGCAGAAGCCCAAAGGCGCAUGAUGCGAGAGCUACAAGGGGUACUAGAAAGAAAACCCGGACGUGGCCGAGUCUCUCUCUAAUAUUUUUCAUUGCUACUUUGUAUCAUCUUCGACUUUCUUUUUCCGACUAACAGCAACAGACCAGCCUUAAGGCGUUUGAUAACGAGAAGAUUAUGAACUGGGUCAUUAUGGCGUACAUAUUUUGGGAUAGAGGUGGUGAUUCUGGUGUCUUGAAGUUUUCGUCUUCCACCAAUGGCGCUGUUGGGUUUUGCGUUUGCUUUUGCUUUUAUCACAUGGGACUAGGAGGCGACUGCAUAGUAGAGAGAGCUGGCCAUCCAUACGAUCUUUGCGUAUAAUGUUUUUCUUUUUGUCGUGGUUGGUUUUUCUAUGUCCUACCGUAUAUAUAUGUACAUCACUAUCUGCCUAUCCAGGUAUAUACAUACAUACAUAAUAAGUCUCAUUUUUGAGAAGAUAGGAUUUUUUGGACUUGAAAUAAAAUAAAAAUAGCAUGAUCCAUAUAU